AUGCGCGCAAAGGAGAACCGCGUGCGGCAGGCCGUAGAGACCAAGACUUCGUCGCCGCGACUGAAACGAACCAUGGCUCCUCAGGUCGACAAGCCGUCUACCUCGAGAAUGCCGCUACAGAUCAGCAACUCUAUCGACGGCGCGCCCACGCAUUCCAAAGCCGCCGCUUCCGCCCAAGCCUGUCCGCAAACGUCGGCUUCCGCUCAAUCGAAGCCAGUGAGGGCAAGAGUCCCCGCUGCUUCCGUGCAGGUUUCCGUGUCGACCGCGUCGACCGCAUCAGCAGCAGCAUCGGCGUCGAUUGGCGGGAGCGGAGAGGAGCACCGGUGGUCGCUAGAGGACUUCGAUAUCGGGAGGCCGCUGGGGCGCGGAAAAUUCGGAAGCGUGUACCUGGCGCGGGAGAAGAAGAGCAAGUUCAUCGUGGCGCUCAAGGUGCUGUUCAAGAAUCAGCUGCAGGAGUCGCAGGUGGAGCACCAGCUGCGGCGCGAGAUCGAGAUCCAGAGCCACCUGCGCCACCCGCACAUCCUGCGCCUCUUCGGGUUCUUCUACGACGAGAAGCGCGUGUACCUGAUCCUCGAGUUUGCCGCGGGCGGUGAGCUGUACCGCGAGCUGCAGAAAUCGCAGCAGUUCUCGGAACAACGCGCCGCCACGUACAUCCUGUCGCUAGCCGAGGCGCUCAUGUACUGCCACUCGAAGCACGUCAUUCAUCGCGACAUCAAGCCCGAGAACCUGCUGCUCGGCUCCGAUGGCGAAGUGAAGAUCGCAGAUUUCGGGUGGUCCGUACACGCUCCUAACUCGCGCCGCCAAACGCUCUGCGGAACUCUAGACUACCUGCCCCCGGAGAUGGUCGAGGGCGCGUCGCAUGAUCGCAUGGUGGAUGUGUGGAGUCUGGGCGUGCUCACAUACGAGUUUCUCUACGGAACACCGCCGUUCGAAGCGCCUAACCACCCGCAGACGUACAAGAGAAUCAUGCAAGUGGAUUUGAAAUUCCCCGGCAACAUCAAGGUGUCAAGCGACGCCAAGGAUCUGAUCCAACGGCUGCUGGUGAAGGAGCCUUCGGCGCGAUUGGCUCUCAGAGACGUGCUUGUGCACCCAUGGAUUCAGAAGUUCGCGCAGCGGAAGCCUCGGGAACAGGUGCUGACGACUGUGGUGUAA